CAUGGAUUCGUCAUUGCAUGGUCAGAGCGAGCUUGACCAUAGGCAUAAUUAUUUGAUUUUUAAUUACGACCUUGGUGGAUAGAAGCGUUAAAUGACUUGGUAACCUCUACAUCACUCACGUUGUCCGCACCAUAGAGACAACGUAAACGAAAUAGAAACAACAUUGACUCCCUGAUUGAAGUCUACACAUUUCACUAUUCCAGCGGAUAUGUAGGCCUAAUUUGUGUCUAUUCGUGAAUAUAUUCCGGGAUCAACGAUACGAAAAGACGCGUGUUUGGUGUUGAAUAGCUUGCCAUCAUGAUAUUUAAGGUUUCUCCGAGGUCAUCAAUGAAGAUGUUGCCGUCACAAGUUCAUAUCAGCAAUAGUCAUCUAAUUUGAAAUAAAGGACCAUGUGAGGUCACUCCACUAAUUAUCAAACCCCUUCAGACAAUAUGAAAAAAAAAAAUCAUCUGGGGUUGUUCAUUAAAACGAUUUUCAACUCAUCAAGUCGACAAUUUCUCUGAAACGCAGUGAACCCACAAGACCGACAGCUAAAUUCGAUUAGCCAAUAGAAAACGUUGCAUUUAUGCAUCGAAUUCUAUCCAACGUCAUAUUUACAUCGGAUAAAUACCGUAAACGGUCUAUGCUUGAAGUUAAGACAUUGCAUUUGAGGAUAUUUGUGUUUGAUUCGUUCUAUGGAAUAAUAGACCCAGAUUGAAAGACUUUGUACCCAUAGCACAGUGAAAGUGUGUAACAAUGACCGUACAAGAUCUAAAUGUCACGACUAAGUCGCAACCCGACAGGUGGAUCUUUGAGACUUACAAAGUGGGACUAAUAUCACUAACACUAUCGGUUAUCAUUAUUUGUACAAUUGUCGGUAAUAUUCUUGUAAUUGUGUCCAUUAUUACGCAGCGAGCAUUGCAGACGGUUCAAAACUAUUUUAUCGUUUCACUUGCUGCUGCAGAUUUGACGGUUGCCGUGUUUGUGCUUCCCAUAUGUGUAUAUUACUAUUUGAUCGGCUACUGGUCGAUGAGCUUCAUAGCUUGCGAUCUAUGGCGGACGUUAGAUGUCUGCUUAUGUACAGCAUCUAUCUUAAACAUCUGUGCAAUAGCCCUGGAUCGAUAUUGGGCAAUUACCGAUUCGAUCAAUUACGCUGGUAAGCGGACGCGGCCCCGCGUACUGACCGCCAUAGCGUUGGUUUGGAUUGUGAGCGUCUUGGUGUCUGUACCUCCACUCUUCUGGUUGGAUGACCACGAGCGCGACUCUUACGACAACUUGCAAGAAACACAAUGUAACCUCUCUGACGAAAAAGUCUACAUUGUCUUGUCCGCCAUGAGUUCUUUUUUCUUACCGUUCCUUCUAAUGGCCGUCGUUUACAUGCGUAUUUACUGGGCCGCACGACUGAGUCUACGAUCUAAAAUUACAACGAACAAAUUCAGAAAAGACUAUGCUGUUGCGCUGAAGGAAUGUGAGACAAAUUUCACAGUAUCAAUACGGACGAAUUAUUCAGGGCUGGGGAGCCCUCGCCAAUUUAAACCCAAAAGAUCAGAAAAAAGAGAACAUUUUCACGCGUCGAAAGGCACUAAUUUAUCGAAGUCACACGAAUUACAUUCAUUCGAAUCAUUGGUUGUUUUGGACGAAAAGGAAAGAGCACAGGUCGAAGAGAGUAAACCAGGCAAUGUUUGGAGUUUGAUAGAUAAGCACAAACAACAACAGCAUAGGAUUAACAUGAAGAAGGAGAGGAAAGCGGCUCGGACCCUUGGUGUCAUUGUUGGUUGUUUUAGUAUUUGCUGGUUCCCCUUCUUCCUAAUGUACGUUAUCCUUCCUUUUUGUUCAACGUGCUCAGUAAGCCCACAGUUAGUCCAGUUUAUCACUUGGGUAGGCUAUAUAAAUAGUAUGCUAAACCCAAUAAUUUAUACAAUAUUUAAUCGCGAUUUUAGGAACGCUUUUACCAAAAUCCUCUUUGGUAGAUGUAAGCAUAGUAGAGAUAGUAGAGAUUCAACAAAACAAAUUCGAUUUAACUGUCAUUAA